AUUAUAUAUUUUAUAAAAAAUAAAAAAAUGGAUAUUUGUGAUGUUUUUUCUAAAGAUAAUAAUAAUAGGAACACUAUUGCAAAUGAGUGGCCUUGCCUGUGUGAGAUUGAGCCUAAUUUAGUCGGUUGGGUCCGUCCAUUUUGGUCAGGGCCAGGUGUAAAAGGCAAAGGUGUGAUGAAAAAGAACAGAAAAAAAAAAAAAAAAGAAGGGGAAAGGAAAGCAACAAAAGAAGAAGAAAGGGAAAAAAAAAAAAGAGGUUCUAAAAGUGUUGUUGUAUAUUUUAAUGAAGAAGCCGCUAGCAGCAAUAGCAAUGACAAAAAAGAACAUGGUAAACUCCGAAUGCAAGCUUAGCUAACGAACUGAGGCUAUGGCAAAGCUAAGCUAAGCAUGUACAUUGCGCAAUUAACGAAUAUGCCACCAAAACCAAGUCUCUUUUGUUCUGUUAUUCUUUAUAACGCGUGUCACUGGUCUUCUCUCCACGUUUCUCACUUCCCUUAUUUCCAAGUGGCUCAAUCUAACCAUAUCUCUCGCCACCACUGCAGAAUUAACUUCUUCCUUUCCGGUUCUUCAAAACAGAAAUAAUUAAAGGAAUCUUUAUAUACAGUACGGUCAUCAAGAAUGGCAUGGAGCUUGAGAAGGAGAAGUUUUGAGGCUGGAGAGAGAUGGGUUUACAAUAAUUUCUACAGUGGAAGAAAUGUCCAUCAUUGGUGGGAUGAGAUCGAUGAAACAGAGGAGUGGCAAGAAGGGAUUUUCUAUUUCUUGUGUGCUUCUUAUGCACUGGUCUCCAUUGUUGCUCUGGUACAACUUUUUCGUAUCCAAUUGAGAGUACCAGAAUAUGGGUGGACGACACAAAAGGUUUUCCACUUAAUGAAUUUUGUGGUGAAUGGAUUGAGGGCUAUACUCUUUGGUAUAUACAAGGAUGUGUUUCUCAUUAAACCAAAGGCCCUUGAAAUUGUGCUUCUGGAUCUUCCCAGUCUUCUAUUUUUCUCAACAUAUACAUUGCUAGUGCUGUUUUGGGCUGAGAUAUAUCAUCAGGCAAGAAGCCUUCCAAUCGACAAACUCAGGCCCACUUAUUAUAUUGUCAAUGUGUUUGUAUACUUCAUACAGGGAUGCAUCUGGAUAUACAUAAGAUUAAGCAGAAGUCCUGUUGGAGAGGAACUAGCAAAACUCUUCUUUUCAGUUAUUUCAUUUUGUGCUGCUCUUGGAUUCUUGAUAUAUGGUGGGAGGUUGUUUGUCAUGCUGAGGCGAUUCCCUAUUGAAUCUAGAGGUCGUCAAAAGAAGCUUUAUGAGGUUGGCUGUGUGACAGGAAUUUGCUUUACAUGUUUCUUGAUUAGAUGUUUUGUGGUUGCCAUCUCCGCAUUUGACAAGAAAGCUGAUAUUGAUGUCCUAAAUCAUCCCCUUCUUAACCUUAUUUAUUAUACGUUAGUGGAGAUUGUACCUUCUGCUCUGGUGCUCUUCAUCUUGCGAAAGUUGCCCCCAAAGCGCAUCUCCGAUCAAUAUCACCCCAUAAGAUAAGGUGUGCAUUCUGCAUCACAGGCGUUAUCAACAGUAUCUGUUUCAGAAGAAUUGAACAAAAACAAUAGAUAUUUUUUUUCUAAGAAAAAGGAAAAGAAGAAGGUAAAGGCAGAAGUAAGAACUGUUGAAAGAUUCUUUGAUUGCUCCAAGUUUUUGUUGUUUGGUUUCAACUGACUUGCAUCUUUCUCUCAUUCUCAUGUAUAUUCUCAACUCAUUAGUAAAUGAACCUUACUGUUUUUUA